CCGUUCAAAUCAAUAUUUUUCCAGUCGGAGCUCGUUCCCAGUUGUAUUGAACGCAAUGAAGUCGUAGAUUUCUGAGUUCCGAGUUGUUUUGAACGUGGCAAAAGAUGAGUCCUCUGUCUACCUCUAUGAGAACUGCGUCGCUCCCCAAGCAGGAAGUGGGAUAUUGGGAGAGCCGGAAGAGAGCGGGCCAAAAGGAAUGUUCCAUCACACCCCGAGGACUGUCAAGAGGUGCAUUAUUUUCACAUCUCAAAUAUAUAUUUUUGACUGCAGGACAUUUUCAUAAAAAAUGUGGAAGGCAGCAGCAGGUCAGUCCGUCACCGUGGCGGUGGAUGAUGGAGGUGAUGACUGGGAGACAGACCCAGACUUUGAGAAUGACGUUUCGGAGAAGGAACAGCGGUGGGGGGCCAAGACGGUGGAAGGCUCCGGUCACCAGGAACACAUUAAUAUCCACAAGCUGCGUGAGAACGUGUCAUCGGAGCACAGUGACCUGAGGCAGAAGGAGCAGGCCACCAUGCCCAAGGCCUCAGAUGGCUAUGGGGCAAGUUUGGGGCAGCAGGACCGCAUGGACAAAUCUGCGGUGGGUCAUGAGUACCAGAGUAAGCUNUCCAAGCACUGCUCUCAGACAGACACAUCCAAAGGCUUCGGGGGGAAGUUUGGAGUGCAGGGCGACCGCGUCGACAAGUCCGCCGUCGGGUUUGACUAUGCCGGGAAGACUGAGAAACACGCAUCGCAGAAAGACUACUCCACAGGGUUUGGGGGGAAAUACGGGGUGCAGGCAGACCGCGUGGACAAGACUGCAAUGGGCUUUGAAUACCAGGGCAAAACGGAGAAACACGACUCCCAGAAAGAUUACACCAAAGGUUUUGGCGGGAAGUUCGGAGUGGAGACGGACAAGGUGGACAAGAGCGCCUUGGGCUUUGAGUACCAGGGCAAAACCGAGAAGCACGAGUCUCAGAAAGAUUACGUGAAGGGCUUUGGUGGCAAGUUUGGUGUGCAGACGGACAGACAGGACAAGUCGGCCCUGGGAUGGGACCACCAGGAGAAACUGCAGCUCCACGAGUCGCAGAAAGACUACUCCCAUGGGUUCGGAGGGAAGUUUGGCAUCCAGAAGGACCGAAUGGAUAAGAGUGCAGGUAGCUUUGAGGAUGUGGAGAAACCAAGCCCUGCCUACCAGAGGACCAAGCCUGUGGAAGCUGCUGGCAGCAGCACAGGCAGCAUCAAGGCCCGCUUUGAGAACAUCGCCAAGCAGAAGGAGGAUGAGGACAAGAAGCGGGCGGAGGAGGAGAGAGCUCGCCGCCAGGCCAAGGAGAAGCAGGAGCAAGAGGAGGCGCGGCGCAAGAUAGAGGAGACAGCCAAGCCUGCCUCCCCGUCUCCCGAGCCCAGCCUUACCAUUAGCCCCACCCCUCCUGUCCAGAAAGCCGCACCUUUGCCUGUACCUGCACCUGCAGCCGCCGACCCAGUUUACCAGGACACUGGUGUGUACGAGGAUCCUGCAGCAGAAGAGAAUGGAGAGGAGCUGUACGAGGCGGAGCCCACCUCCCGUCCCUCUUCCGAGCAGACGUAUGAGGAGCCUCCCGUCCAGGAGGCGGCGCUCUACCAGAGUCCUGACGAGACAGGAGACGCCCAGACAUAUGAGUACGGUGAGGACUUGGGGGUAACGGCAGUAGCCCUGUAUGACUACCAAGCAGCUGGUGAUGACGAGAUCUCCUUCGACCCUGAUGACAUCAUCACUAACAUUGAGACUAUUGACGAGGGCUGGUGGAGGGGCGUGUGCCGGGGUGCCUACGGCCUCUUCCCAGCCAAUUACGUUGAGCUUCGGCAAUGAGGCCCGCCCACCACACCAAACAGUCUCUCUCCCCAUCCCUCCAUCUCUUCUAAAUCGACUCUUGCGCUCUGUCAUUUUGCUGAUCACGGCGCUUCUUUCAAGUGUGCUCGACAUUCUCAGGUCUUUCAGCUGUCCCGGUCCUCCUUCCUUUCUCUCGCUCCUCUCCUUGGGAAGAGGCUUCAGGCUGAUACAGGACUAAAAGAAGAAUCACGGACAACACUCGCCCUGGCUCGGCUACGCAGUAGAGCGAGAUCAAGCGAGUAAGCGGGCGAGCCCUACUAUGACAAAGGCCUUUUUUUAUUGUAAAGCAAGUCAUCAGAAAAACACUACUCCCAUUAUAAUAUCUAGUUAUAUUCUUAGUUCUAUAACAUGCCAGGGACUCUUGCUGCUUUGCCCCACUGGCACCUGUUAGUUAAUUUAGUUUAAGUUGAAAUGUUCCCUCUUUGACAUGUAUUUAAACUUCCAAGGUAUCGAUUGAGACCUGGCGGCCACAUUAUCACGCACAGUAUAGGUAUUACGAUCACCAAAGAUCGAGAUCACAGAGGUGACGUAGAAAUGAACCCCAGGCUUUAUGUGCAUAUCGUGAUGUCGYGGGUCCUCUUUUUACGAAGAUAUGAAGUAGCUUUUAGAACAAGUUUGGAACUAGUGUGACGUCAAACACAACUGGGCAUUUUUAUUAUGUUUUGAUUAAAUACAUUCCACUUCCAGAAGUUGAUUGGGGAACUAGCACUUUGGAUCCGUUUGGUAAUAGUACAGACCAGUGGUGAAUUGAUUGGUGUGUAGCUGGUUCGGAGAGAGGUCUGACAGUGCAUUGUCUGAGCUGCGAUGAUUUCUUUCUCUUUGGAACACUAUUGUUUGCUUUAGUUAGCAGAGAUCAGAUAAUGCUAAGAAACCCGAAAUAGGGAUGUUUUUGAGGAUYUGUUAUUGAAAACAGGAUGUUUACCUGGGGUCACCCACAUUUUUGGUGUAAGGCCAGCAUUUGCUUAAUCAUGGGGCCGAUAUGAUCACCAUAGAUGGUGUGAAUCUCUGUUGCGUCUAGUCUCCUCCUUUUCUCAUUGUCACGAAAGACACCAGAAAGCAUUAGAAGAAAAUAAACGAUGUAAUUGUCUUGCUUUUUAAUCACCCGCCCACAGUCCUGCGGUAGAUCAUGUCAGAUAGGAUGCUGAAAGUAAAUGGUGUACAGAAAGAUGUUUUUAUGAUGCUCUGUGAAAUAUAUCGAGUAGAGAAAGUACCAGAUUUUCGAAUCCCUGCCAUCGCCGCAGACAAGACCGGUCUACAUCGUAAUAGACCGGAGUCUGUCACGUGUUCUGUCAUGUCUGUUGCGUGUUCAUGUACUGUAUGUGGGACUUGGUAUAUUAUUAUGUCUGGGGCCACAUUGACAUCCUUGUCAUGACCAACAUGUGUACUGUUGACUGAGUGACUGCAGAGUGAUAUUUAUUUAUAGGGGGCUAUAAGUACUAAAUAAUGCUGUGAAGCAAUAUUUGGCUAUAAGGGGAUUUUGACUGGUUGUUUCUAAAUUCAGAGUGAUUAUUUUAACCGAUGACAAUCUCACCCCAUUGUCACGGCGAUCUAAUGCAGUAGUGUAACUUCAGUAGGUGUGUGGGGAAUGGGAUCUCAUCAAAUCAAUUAUUCGAGGUUUUAUAAUAAAAGUUACCUUUUUUAUAUUUGUUUAUUUUUUAUCUGUACUUCUACUUGCUCAAGUCACCACGUUAUCUGCUUGUUCUCUUUUUGUAAGUCAAUUGUUUGAAUAAACAACGUAUGGAUAGUA